AGGGCGGGGUCCGGAAAAGCUUGUAGAAACAUUGUCGUAGAUACUCCCGCGAUUAGAGGCGAGCAAAGCUGUAAACCCUGCUGUCAGGACGGCGGUCAGCUGGCCGGUAACUGCGUAAUUUACGGAUCGGCCGGAGUCUGCAGUCGCGUAUGUUCUCUCCCCAAAUAAGGUUUAUCCUGUACAGUUCAAGUGUCCCAACCUGUGACCUCUGACCCCUCCAGUCAUUCAGCCAUGGUCUUCCAGGAGCUGGCCGCUCUCGGAAAACAGAUGCUGCGGGUGAAGGUGGUGGAUGGCGGAGAGGACUCCUCCCGCCUGUCCCGCUGCCUGGGCACCAUGGACUUGAUUGCGUUGGGUGUGGGCAGCACUCUGGGGGCGGGCGUCUACGUGCUGGCGGGGGCGGUGGCACGCGAGAAUGCAGGCCCCGCCAUCGUGCUCUGCUUCCUCAUAGCAGCAGCUGCCUCAGUGCUGGCCGGUCUGUGUUACGCAGAGUUUGGGGCGCGAGUCCCCAAAACUGGCUCCGCCUACCUGUACAGCUAUGUGACAGUGGGUGAGCUCUGGGCCUUCAUCACCGGCUGGAACCUCAUCCUCUCCUACGUCAUUGGAACGUCCAGUGUUGCCCGGGCCUGGAGCGCCACGUUCGACGAGAUGAUCGGGAAGCACAUCGAGGGCUUCUGCCGCCUUCACCUGAGCAUGAAGGUCCCCGGCGUCCUGGCCGAGUACCCGGACAUGUUCGCCGUCAUCAUCAUCCUCCUCUUGACGGGUCUCCUGGCGUUCGGGGUCAAGGAAUCUGCCCUGGUCAACAAGGUGUUCACCUGCAUCAACGUUCUGGUGUUGUUCUUCGUGGUGGUCUCAGGCUUUGUCAAGGGGUCCUCCAGCAACUGGAGCCUGAAUCCCGAUGAGGUCCGCAACAGCACCAGCUCACUCUUCAAUGUAUCCAAUUCCCCACUAUCGGAAAAGAGCCUCGGAGAGGGGGGGUUCAUGCCCUUCGGCUUUACGGGGGUGCUGUCCGGAGCAGCUACCUGCUUCUACGCCUUCGUGGGCUUCGACUGCAUCGCCACCACUGGCGAGGAGGUGAGGAAUCCCCAAAGGGCCAUCCCCAUCGGCAUCGUGGCGUCCCUCCUCAUCUGCUUCGUGGCCUACUUCGGCGUGUCUGCCGCCCUUACUAUGAUGAUGCCGUACUACAUGCUGGACAAGAGCAGCCCACUGCCCGUGGCCUUCAAUUACGUGGGCUGGGAGGGGGCCACCUACGCGGUGGCGGUGGGAUCCCUCUGCGCCCUGUCCACUAGCCUGCUCGGCGCGAUGUUCCCCAUGCCCCGUAUCAUCUGGGCCAUGGCAGACGACGGCCUGCUCUUCCAGUGUUUGGCCAAAACCCACCCAAGAACCAAAACCCCUCUGAUCGCCACCGUGGUCUCAGGGGCCGUGGCAGCUGUCAUGGCCUUCCUGUUUGAGCUCAAGGACCUGGUUGACCUCAUGUCCAUUGGAACCUUGCUGGCUUACACUUUGGUGGCUGCGUGUGUCCUGGUCCUAAGGUACCAGCGGGAGCAGCCCAGCCUGGUGUACCACAUGGCGAACACGCAGGACGAGGGUGAUCUGAGCGAGGCCUCCAGCGGGGUCAGCUCUGUAUUCCCAGCCAGUGCAGAGGAGGUCCUCAGCGUACGAGCCCUGGUGUUCCCCAAGAAUCAGGAGCCCUCACCCACCUCGGGCCUCGUGGUGAACAUCUGUGCUAGUUUGCUUGGACUCCUGAUCUGCGCCAUGUGUAUCGUGGCGGUUCAUGGGGGCCUGGAGCUGUGGAGUGGGGUGCUUCUGCUUAUCCUGGGCCUGAUUUGUUUGGUCCUCACUCUGGUCAUCUGGAGGCAGCCUGAGAGCAAGACUAAGCUCUCCUUCAAGGUUCCUUUUCUGCCCUUCCUCCCUGUGCUGAGCAUGUUCAUAAACGUCUACCUGAUGAUGCAACUCGGCAGGGGAACCUGGUUCCGCUUCGCCAUCUGGAUGGCCGUAGGCUUCAUCAUCUACUUUUGCUACGGCCUUCAACACAGCAAAGAGGCUGCCCUGUCCGCAUAUGGCACAGAGAUCAAAACCGAGUCUGCAAAGGACUCGACGCUAGACAAAGAGAGCUUGGAAAUAUAGGCCUUUCUCUGCGACGACAUCGACGACGUGGUCGACACUUAAAAUGUCCGGGUUUCGUUUUUGCCGGAUGCAGUCUAUCACCAGACUGCACGCAGAGUAGAGACCCUUCAAGCCAAAUUUUAAUUCUGCUUUGUGAGCAUGAUGUCACUCUGAUUAAGAGGAAGGAACUGAUAGGAAUUGGAAGUCACUGUGCUGCCUGGGUAUGGAAGUAUCUUCAAAUGAUCUUCUGCUGGUCUUCCUUUCCCUUCUUCUAGCUGUUAUUGACAACUGUUUGUCCCAUGUUUUAAUUUUCACUGCAUUUUGCUCAGGUCUUUUUAGGGGCAGCUUCAUCCCGGGUGAUGCGUCUGUCAUCUUUGUCUCUCAACUGGUCUUGUUGGUCUGGUCUAUGGGUGUCUGUGCUGAGCAGGCAAAAACAUUCUGGAAGCUGGAGAGAUGUGGGCUGACUUGGGAGCGAUGCUUAACUGCAUACGGCGUCUUCCUUUUCUGUUUGGUGUCAGCUGUACCUGAUAUGUGGACAAGAUCGAUUCAUACGGGGGAAGAGCCGUCCGUCUAAAAAAACAGACUUUCAGGGACUGACGUAUCUAUAUGUCACAGCUGAAAGCAAAGCCAUACGUAUGAAUUGAAGGCAGGGCGAAGGUUUUGUACAUUCUGCAAAACCCUUAUUUAAAUGGUGCCUAAGCUUUGAUAGAUUUGCUGUUUGGAGGAUCCUCCAAUAGAAAAACAGAUGACACUCGACAUAAAAUAGCACACUGGUAAAGUUACAUAUUAUCCCAACAGCUUCCGGUAAAACGUGAAUGAAACGAGGUGUGUGCUGUCCAACCAAACGUCCUGUUAUCCCACUUGCAUAAAUGCGUUUAACUGAGAAUUUGUUUUUUAUUUCAUUUAAAACAUUUUUAGGUUACCAAUGAAAUUGAGGAGGUAGGUUUUUUUAGAGCAUUCCUGUUCCUUUAAAAGAAACCUGACGAGCUAAUGGAUAUUUAAUAACCGUAAAACCCUCCUGUGUCGCUGUGGAUUUAAUAGGGAAGUAACUGUUAGCCUUAAUCAAUUUAUUGGUUCUAUGCAAAUGUUGUUCUAAACACUGAAAAUAGUCAGUUUGAAAGAAAUGCCUUUUUGAGAUUUCUUGAAUACAUAUGUAUUUAUUUUUGCUUACGGUUUGCCAAAGUGAAUUUUUUUUUUUUUUUUUUUUUUUUUAGUAUUUGGUGCCAUUUGAUGUAAAUUUUGUGCCAUUUGAGUACAAAUCCCUUGACUGAAAUGGUGAUGCGCAGAUUUUAUGCACGUUUUAAUGCAGAAAAGGGUUGUGUCUUCUUUUAUUUUUUAAUCUUUUGAAACAGUUAAAUUAUCGCCUAUUGAAAUUUCUUUUAAAAGGUUUUUAUGACUUGUGUCUACCCAGGAUUGUCUGAUCUGCAUCCCGUUUACCGGGACAGAAAUGAACAAUUCCAUUAUGGUGUCAUUGCCAUCCUCUGCCUGUUUGUGCUGAUGGAUUUUUUUUACUUAUUUAAGGUACUGUUGCCAUAGCCAUAAUGACUAUUUAUUAAAGUGAAAUAAUAGCAAUGUAAUUAAAAUGGACACAUAAUGUUGAUAAAAUGUGAAAUGAAGGGUCACGCAUUAAGUGUAUGUACAUAGUGGUUGUAUUUCUUCUGUAUUUCAUAGGAAACCAUAUAAAGCUGUAUUAUUUGGUGUAUGUUUACUUGGCAAGUACAGCUGCACAAUGGAAAUGUUUAUGAAGGUUGCAUUAACAUAGCGAAAAGUGCAAUACCGUGUGUGAAUUUUCCUUUUUAACAUGUUGAAUACACAUCCUUAAUCACA